AUGGUGGUAAGGGCGAAGGCAAGAAGAGGUCCACAAAAAGAUUGGCGUAAUCGGCGCACCUCUUGGUCUGUGGCAGCUGCCACCUGCUACGCCGGCUACGCCGGCUGUCGCUGCUUCGUAGCGGAAAUGGCCAGCCGACCCCUUCCACAGUCUCCCAGAAUGCGAGGCGUUGCUGAUGAAGGCCUCAGGCGGCGUGGAGAAGGCCGUGAAGGCACCCUGGAUGGGGAUGCCGAUGUGGACGCACGGGGCGCAGCCUCCUCGUCUUCGUCUGGAUACCGCAGCUGUUUGCGGGCGUUGUCCUUUCUGGGCGUCCACCGCGCAUGCGGCUUCCUCACAGCCCGACGGCGGCGGGAGAUUGACCGGCAAGCGCAGCAGAGCUCUGAGCUUGCCGAGGCCACAUUGGAGAGCUGCCCGCCGCCCGUGCUCUACAAUCAGCGCUGGGUGCAGCUGGCCUUCCUGGCCCUACUAGCUUUGCUGAGUGACCUGGUGUGCUUCAGCGUUGCUGCCACGCCAGCGACCUGGACCAAGGUUUUCGGACAGGAUCCAGCCACGUUAAUCGACAUAUUUCUGUUCACAAACGUCUUCGCUUGCUUCAUCGAGCCCUUCAUCAUCCGGAACUUCGGGCUGCGCACCCCCAUCGUUGGUGCAGCCUUGCUGAUGGCAGUUGGGUGCUGGCUGCGAUCAGGCAUGCCGUUCCAAGGUGACGAGCUCCCAGGAUACAAUACUGUUGUUGCAGGGACCAUGCUCGUAGCCGUAGCGCAGCCCUUCUUUCAGUGCACCCCACCGCUGCUGUCAGCAACCUGGUUCGCGCCGGACGAAAGAGCCAUGUCCACGGCUGUAGCCAUCAACUUCAACCAGGUUGGCAUCGCUGCCGCCUUUAUCGCUGGCGGAGCUAUGGGAGGGUCAGAAGCGGGCCUGAAGACUUACUUCGUCAUCAUCACCUUGCUGUCCACGCUGGUGGCUGCGGCCUCACUGGUCUUCUUCCAGGAGCGACCACCAACUCCACCGUCAGCCUCGGAGUUGGAGAAAUUGCUGGCAGAAAAGUCUUCUGGGGCCUUGAAAACAGAGGUGGGAGGCGCCAAGGAGGCUUCAAAGCCUGAAGAUAGCUUCCCCAAAGAGGCAUGGCGGCUGAUCACCACCCCAGGCUUCAUACCGCCCUUGGCCGCUUUUGUCACUUCCAUUGCAGUCACCAAUGUGGUGGGUGCGUUCAUGGAUUUGAAGCUGCAGCGCGCGGGCUUCAGCGAUCAGAUGGAGGUGGACAUGGCGGGUGCUGGCUUCGAAGUGGCCAUCGUGAUCGGUGGCAUCAUUCUUGGCGGCCUUGUAGACCGAAAUAAGGAGUACAAAUCCGUGACACUCUGGUGCAUCGCGGCCACUCUCGUAGGCGUGCUGCUGCUUGGCAUGGAGUCGCUGCCGAGGAGCGCAGCGCUUGCGGCCUUGCUGGCCAUCGGCUCCUUUGCUGGCCCUGUGCAGCCCAUCAACGCGGAGCUUGCAGUGGAGGUGACAUACCCCUGUGAUGAAAAUGCAAUCGAAGCUGUGCAGCAGCUGUGUGGAAAUUUGGUUUCUGCGUUGCUGGUGCCCAUCUGCCAGUGGGCCGCGGAGCUCAAAAUCGCACUUCCAGGAUCAGAUGGCUACCUCCGGGGUGACACACUGCUGCUGCUGGCCAUUCUUGUGGUGGUGGGCCUCUACUUCUCCACCUUCUCAGCACCGCUGAAGCGGACGGAGGUUGAUCAGGCCAACUGCAUCACAGGAGAUGAGCUGGACGUGUUGCGUCCACGGGCAGAGUCUAAGUGA